AACACUGACUGCGACUGCCCCCAGUGUAUAAGGGAUCGCAACACCCUUGGUUGCCAGAAUCCCGACGCAUGCGCAAGGACAGUACCAUCGAGGAUUGCCCAGCUCGGGACAAGAUGGAUUCCCAAAGAGGCUGAAAGCUCGCCCGAUCGCGAGACAGAAGAAGAGGCGGGCCGCGGCACCAAACAGCUGUACCUCCCCCCAACGGUCAACAAAACAGAUGGUUUCAGAAUAUGUGUGAAAACGACCUCCCACCCAAGCUCCCUCGUCCCGCUCCGGCAGCAACCAACAAAUAGACACGAAACCAUGUUCAUUGCAGCCCACAAAGUUGCACCGACACUUGGACACAACAUCGCAGCGUGGUUCGGACCUGAUGACACACGGAACACGACCUUCCAGACCCCCGAAGAGCUGGGGCCAUCGAGGGCAGCAGGGGAAGCCCUAGCAGUACUCACCGGGCUAAAGAGGAUCCCGAGAACUGCAGAUGUGAAGAUAGUAAUAGAGGACGACACCACUAUCCAAGGAGUCAGCCAAAAUCUAAGCAGAUGGGAAGACUCAGGCUGGAUAGACGUACCAAAUAAAAACGUUCUUCGGCCACUAGUGGCUGAGAUCCGUGGUCGAAUAGGCAAGGUCACGUUCAAGACACCAGAAAAGCACUCACCUGAGGAAACCCUCCUCUCCAAAGCUACAGCCGCCGCUAAACAGGCACACCUAACAGCAACCCCACCCCUCUCCCGUCUCCUGGCAACCACCCGACCAGACCUCCUGGCGGAAGGAGUGAAACUAGCCACCCUCACACAGAGGACAGCAUACGCGAUGAUCCGAGCCCAGAAAAAACCAGUAGUGAGGCCAGCAACGCAACGGAAUCUAGAAGAAGUAGCGAGAGAAUGCCCACGCGGCACUCAAGCCCAGCCAACGGCAAAUCAAAUCUGGACCUCGAUACGAUCACGAGACUUCUCAUGCCAAGUGAGAAACUUCCUCUGGAAAGCAAUACAUGAUGCGCACAGGAUAGGCACGUUCUGGAAACACAUACCGGAGUGCGCAGACAGGGGGAUAUGUACAUCUUGCGGGACAACAGAAGAUCUUCGCCACAUCCUCCUUGAAUGCCAGUGCGCGGGACAAAACCAAGUCUGGAAUCUUGCCGAAAAACUCUGGUCAGCCACGGGCCAGCCCUGGGACACCCCAACCUUCGGCCGCAUCCUAGGUGAAGGCCUAACCCGGAUAAAACAAAGGAAUGGAAAAACAGCCAGGGGACUCACCCGACUCCACCAUAUCAUUAUCUCUGAAUCAGUAUUAGGUCCUGACAGUUGCCAUCACGCUUAACUAAAAGAGACUGAUGGCCAACGGAGACAACCCCUUUUAGGGCAGAGGGCAGAACAUUGCAGGACGCAACUUUAUCCAUGGCAGUUCCUAUCAUGUCAAGAAAGGACAGGGAGAAUAACUGAGGAUACUUGAGGGCCCAUUUUCAGUAUAUGUAUGGAUUUCUUUCAACUGCCUAC